CUGGUCACUGUGGUAUUCCAGAUCUUAUAGUCAAUGGUCAAGUAAUUGGAGAAAAUUAUGGGUAUAGAGACACAGUUGUAUACCAGUGCAGUCCUGGUUUUCGGUUGAUUGGUUCUUCUGUACGCAUAUGUCAACAGGAUCACAACUGGUCUGGUCAGCUUCCGUCCUGUGUGCCUGUUAGCUGUGGUCACCCUGGUAGUCCUAUUUAUGGAAGAACAAGUGGAAAUGGUUUCAACUUCAAUGAUGUUGUGACAUUCUCAUGUAAUACUGGGUAUGUUAUGCAAGGACCAACCAAAGCACAGUGUCAAGCUAAUAGGCAGUGGAGCCACCCACCUCCGAUAUGCAAAGUGGUCAAUUGUUCUGAUCCUGGAAUUCCUGCAAAUUCUAUAAGAGAAAGUAAAAUUGAACAUGGAAAUUUCACAUAUGGCACGGUGGUAUUUUAUGACUGUAAUCCUGGAUAUUUUUUGUUUGGCUCUUCAGUUUUAAUUUGUCAACCAAAUGGCCACUGGGACAAACCUCUACCUGAAUGCAUUA